AUGAGUUGUGCGGAGGUGAUGUAUCACCCUCAGCCAUAUGGAGCAACCCAGUAUUUGCCCAACUCGGUGGCAGCAGCAUCCUGCCCCACAGUUUAUUGCCAUACCGCUCCCCAAUCUGGCCAGCAGAAGAAGUUAGCGGUAUACAGCAAGAUGCAGGAGUCUCUGGAAAUGACCCUUCCCAGCAAACAAGAGGAGGAGGAGGAGGAGGAGGAGGAGGAGGAGGAUGAGGAGGAGGAGGAGGAGGAGAAAGACCAGCCUGCCGAGAUGGAGUACCUUAACUCUCGAUGUGUCCUUUUCACUUAUUUCCAGGGAGACAUUGGUUCAGUAGUGGAUGAACACUUCUCGAGAGCUUUGGGCCAAGCUAGCAGCUUCCAUACAGAAUCUGCCAUUUCAAAAAGCAAGAUGGGGCUAACCCCCCUAUGGAGAGAUAGCUCAACUCUUUCAAGCCAGAGGAGCAGUUUCCCAACUUCAUUUUGGACCAGCUCUUACCAGCCCCCACCUCGGGCCUGUUUAAGUGGAGUUCAUCCUGAUUUCUCAGUCACUACACCAGGCACCUUUGCAGCAGCUGAUCCUGGUCCCUGGCCAGGACACAACCUACAUCAGACUGCCCCUCCCCCACCCCCACAGGUGUCAGAGUCCUGGCACUAUCCACUGACAUCUCAGGUGAGCCCGUCGUCAUACACACACAUGCAUGAUGUGUACAUGCAUCACCACCACCCCCAUCCACAUGUGCACCACCGCCAUCACCAUCACCCUUCUGCCAGCUCCCACUUGGAUCCAAGGUAUGGCUCUUUGCUCAUGCCUUCAGUUCGUACGGCCAGGAUUCCUGCUCCCCAGUGUGACAUCACAAAGACAGAUCCUACUACUGUCACCACUGCUACCUCAGCAUGGGCUGGAGCCUUUCAUGGAACAGUGGACAUUGUGCCAAGUUUUGGGUUUGAUUCAGGUAAGACAGUUUUCUUCCUUCUUGCCAGGAAAUCUGUAAGGGAAAAAAAAAACAACAACUUAAAAGAAUACUCUGAAGUACUUCUCUCUCGUCAUAUGCGCCAUAUGUAUGUAUUGAAUUAUACCCAUGUCAUUUUAAAUAUCUACCCCACCCACCCUCCCACAAAGAACUCUUAUAUUCCUCAAGGAAUUUGCAUGGCGAUUGAGCUUGUGGUGAUAUGA